AAUGUCACUGCACGACAUAUGAUGGAGCAACUCUCCCGCACCGUCAGCACGGAGAGCACCCGGUCACGCACUUCUCCUCAUAUUUUGUCCUCCGGAACUGCGAAUGUUACGACCAGAAAGGCUCGAUCCAUUGACCCCGACACAACCAGCGGCAAUGCUGAACGAGCAAGCAUAUCAAUGCCCCCGCCGGCUUCGCUGGCCAGGCAAUAUCCCUCCCGCCGGCCCUCCAAGGCCUCCGACAGCGGCAUCCUGACCACGGCCGGCCUCGUAGAGAACCUAGGAGCGCUCCGCAAUGGCUCUGCUAUCGACGAAACCGAAACCACGCCGACGUUGGAGGGGUCCCGUGGCGGGAGCAUUUCAACCGCCCAGACUUUGACGCUACCAGACGCCGCCCGCCGGCAGUCUAGGUCUGAAGUCGACACAGAGUCCAAUCGCAUGUCCUUCUCCUCCCUAUAUUCGCUGGGCUCUGCAAUAUACAAUGGCACCCGUGCCUUGAGCGGAUCCAGCUCCGUCAUAUCUGAACCUGAAGGUCCAGCCCAGGGAACCACGACUGCCACAUCUUCUCUGUCUGUGACUACUUCAAGCCAGGGCGGUUCUCUCGGACCAUCAUCUUCACCAUUCAUACUCGGCAAAGAGCAUUCCAUUAAUCCGAGCAUACCUACACAGAUCCCAAUUGGUAUACCGCACGUUUCUACCUCUCCUCAGUUAGGCCAACCUGCUCGCCAGCAGCAGCCGAGACGAUCGAGAAGCAGAACCACAACACAGCGGAGGAUCAGCGGAAGCACAGCUGCCAGCAGCAGCCCGGCAAGCAGAGAGAUCAAAGAAGCGAGUACAAAGAAGAUGUCGAAGGGAAUAAUUGGCAUUUGUGCUCUUGAAUCCAAGGCACGCAGCAAGCCAGCUAGGAAUAUUUUUGGAAAGCUCAUUGAAGAGUUUGACGUCAAUAUAUUCGGAGACAAGAUCAUAUUGGAUGAGGAUGUGGAAAAUUGGCCUGUUUGUGACUUUCUCAUAUCCUUCUUCUCGGACGGAUUCCCGUUAGACAAAGCAAUUGCUUAUGCACGUUUACGAAAACCAUUCUGCGUCAAUGAUUUGCCGAUGCAACAAGUGUUGUGGGAUCGACGUCUCUGCUUGCGGAUUCUCGAUAAUUUAGAUGUCCCUACUCCCAAAAGAGUCGAGGUCAACCGAGAUGGAGGCCCCACUCUCCCCUCGCCUGAGUUUGCUAAAUCGCUGUUCGAGAGGACGGGAGUCAAACUUCAGGGACCGGAGAGUGGAAUAGGAGGCGGGAUUCCGCCUCCUCAGAAAGUGGAGCUCCGUGAUGGUGGAGACACAAUCUGGGUCGACGGUCAACAGCUCACCAAGCCUUUCGUGGAGAAGCCCACGAGCGGCGAAGAUCACAACAUCAACAUCUACUUUCCAAAGAAACAUGGUGGCGGUGGAAGGAGACUUUUCAGAAAGAUCAACAACAAAAGUUCCGAGAGGGACGAUACACUGGAUGUUCCAAGGUCCAUCACAGACAGCACGAGCAGCUACAUCUACGAGCAGUUUUUGCAGGUUGAGAACGCAGAAGACGUGAAAGCUUAUACCGUUGGUCCUGACUUCUGUCACGCCGAAACAAGGAAAUCGCCGGUAGUGGAUGGGCUUGUGAAGCGAAAUCCGAGCGGCAAAGAGGUUCGCUACGUUACUAGACUCAGCACCGAAGAAGCAGCAAUAGCUUCAAGAAUCUCUGAAGGAUUCGGGCAACGUGUUUGCGGGUUCGAUCUUCUCAGGGCUGGCGACAAGAGCUAUGUUAUCGACGUGAAUGGUUGGAGUUUCGUUAAGGACAACGAAAGUUAUUAUGAUAAGGCGGCUAGCAUUUUAAAGGAGAUGUUUUUGAAGGAGGUGCAAAGAAAAGAACGCAAGGAGGGCAAGGCUGCGUCGCCACAAGAGACGCAAGAAACGGCCGUGGAUAAGAACGUCGCACAACCACCAUCUCGAAAGAACACGACUAGCGGGCAUCGGUCUGCAUUGAAAGGCCUUUUCAAGUCGCCGAGUAUGUCGAGAUUGACCUCUCACCAUCCUCACAUACCCAUUCGGCCUCACGGUACACAUCCGACCUCAUCGCCAGAUACAUCAGCCGCCACGACCCCCAUGACAGCAACUUCAAGUGUUGGGAACCCCUAUAGAUCGACUCUCCCUAAAGCCCCAAUGUCCCAGCCUGAUCUGCUACCGGAUGCCGCUGUCGCCGACGCGAAGCUGCCGCUAGAUGCUCCUGCAUCACAGUCAGAAGAGCAGAUCAUCAACGUACCUCCACCUGCUUCUAAAGCUCAAUGGAUACUGAAGGGGAUGGUUUCCGUUAUUCGGCACGCAGAUCGAACGCCAAAGCAAAAACACAAGUUCACGUUUCACACCAAACCCUUCGUAGAUUUGUUGAAAGGGCAUCAGGAAGAAGUCUUGCUCAUCGGGGAGGCGGCGCUGAACAGCGUUAAUGAUGCCGUCAAGCUAGCGGUCGAAGAGGGCGAAGAGGACUCAGACAAGCUACGAGAACUGAAGGUGUAUUUGAACAAAAAGGGCGGAUGGCCUGGAACAAAAGUGCAAAUCAAGCCUAUGUUCCGUAAGAGGAAGAAACAUGAAUUACUUCCAGGCACAGAUUUCGACGCCUCCCCAGACCUGGAAAAAGACGUCAAAACACUAGAUGGCGGAGCUCUAGAGGAUCAGAGCGACUGGAAAAAGAAUCGAAGUGAUUCCAUGUCGGGGGUCACACUCUCUCGGAUUGCUGCUGUAGAGAAUAACCUCGUUCUCGAUAAGCUUCAACUAAUCAUCAAGUGGGGUGGCGAGCCAACUCAUUCCGCUCGAUAUCAAGCACAAGAUCUCGGAGCAAACUUCAGGAACGAUCUACUCCUCCUCAACCGAGAAGUGUUAGACGACGUGUCUGUCUUUAGUAGCUCCGAGCGAAGAGUGACAACAAGCGCGCAGAUUUUCGCAGCAUCCUUUCUCAACCAAAAAGAGUUUCCAGAGGAUCAUAUUGAGAUUAGGAAGGAUCUUCUCGAUGACUCCAAUGCUGCAAAAGACGAAAUGGACAAGGUAAAGAAGAAGCUGAAGUCACUGUUGCGAGAGGGGAAUAAGGCUCCACCGCAAUUUGCCUGGCCAAAAGACAAUAUGCCCGAGCCCUAUCUGGUCGUGCGACAGGUUGUGGAUCUCAUGAAAUUCCACCAAAAGGUCAUGAAUCACAAUUACAAGAAGAUUGAGUCGGGAGCCGUCACGGCUCUGUCAGCAGUAGCAAGCCCAUCUGGAGAUAGCCCAACUACACCUCCAGUCCCUGGGAAUUCGCUCUCCCAAGUCACAAACGUGAACUCGAUUCAGUCCCGUUGGUGUUGUGGCGAAGGUCCAGAGCUUUUCAAGGAACGCUGGGAGAAGCUCUUCAGGGAAUUUGGCGACGCAGACAAGGUGGACCCAAGUAAAAUCUCCGAGCUCUACGAUACCAUGAAAUUCGAUGCACUUCAUAACCGGCAGUUUCUCGAAUGGAUCUUUACCCCAGAUUCUGCCUUCCUAGACGAGGAUCCGGUUGGGCCAGUAUCGUCUGGUGGUUCUGAGAAAUCGGGUUCGAGUGAUCCGAAAGACAAGCCUCCGUCAAUUCCUCAAGAGUCGAAAGUCAAGAAUGACCCUAAAGAGCAACAACCACCGCCUGCCGCAGAGAAAAGCAACAUCGCGCAACGCAUGGGCUUUCGCCGCAAAUCCGAGGCAGCAGCAGCCACGCUGAAAAACAACGCUGCUGUCUACCCUCACGAGUCCUACUUCACGCUGUACACGGGUGUUGGCAACGCCGCAUCAAAAGUGAAAACCGAUGCUCGUUUAGUCAAACUUCGGGAGAUGUACAAGUUGUGCAAAGUCCUAUUCGACUACAUCGGCCCUCAGGAGUACGGCAUCGAUAACAGCGAGAAGCUCGAAAUCGGGCUUCUCACGUCCUUGCCUCUACUCAAGGAGAUCGUUGAGGACUUAGAGGAACUGCAGGCUUCUGAUGGCGCUAAGUCAUUCUUCUAUUUCACGAAGGAAUCACACAUCUACACGCUCCUGAACUGUAUCUUGGAAGGCGGCAUCAAAGCCAAGAUCGAGCGCAACGCUAUCCCGGAACUAGAUUACCUGUCUCAAAUCGGGUUUGAGCUUUAUGAGUCGCAGAACCAGACUCCGGAUGAUCAGCCCAAUACCUUCAACUACAGCAUUCGCAUCACACUGUCGCCUGGCUGUCAUACAUUCGCCCCGCUAGAUGUCCAACUCGACUCCAAACACAUGAUCGGAUUCUCGCCGCGUCGAAGCUUGACUGCUCACCACGAUUGGAAAGAAGUGCUCGAGACUCUACGUGCAAAGUUCCACACCGUCAAACUCCCCAAAUCAUUCGUCGCAAUCAACCUCUCCGAAAAAGUACCCGACGCCUUCCGCACCUCAUCCCACCCAACCAAAGACAACGAGGAAGAAAACGAGACAGACCAAGGCAAAGAAAAAGAGAAGAAUAAAGAAAAUGAGAAAGAGAAGGAGAAGGAGAAGGAAAUCAGUGAGCCGGAGCCCCUGCCGCCGCCUGUUCUGGACGGGUAGAUAGCGGUUGCAUUAUGUGGACGCUUUUGUCAGUUGAUUCCGUUUAUAGAGCUGCUACGACACGGUUAGAUGGGUAUAGAAACACGACGAGGCGGCGUUCCUGCUUUAAGAGCUUCUUCCGAUCGAUUCGUUAAGUGUAGAGGGUAGAGAGGUAUAGGUGGGAGGUUACUCGUGAUUCUUAGCAUGCUGAUCAUCCGGGAGCGAGCAUUAGAGUCUAAUUCACAGUGUUUGAAC